CUCAGCGCCAUCGGAGACCGUCUCGCGCAACUCAAGAUGGAUGAGAGGAUGUCUAGCGUUCUCGAACUGGAUUUGGGUACCCCUCCUCCUGCUACCAAGUCGUCUGGUGUAGGUGAAGAUGGCAACGAUGACGAUUCGCGGUAUGGCAACAUUCCAAUCAAGCUGGGCUCCCCGAGGACGAACCCUCGGAUUGACGAGUAUAUGGCGUUCCCUACUCCUGAAGUGCUGCGACCGGGGGUGGAGAAGUUGGGAGAGGGGGUUGGUGAGCAGAGCAACUGGGCUGAGGACCUAGAAGCUGACCUGGAGAUGGUGGUGAUGCGGUUGGAACAGCUCGCUGAUGAUGAGUUUAAGGCGGACGGCUCUAAGUCUCCGCGUGAAUACUAUCUGCAGAGGCUGAGGGCUGUAUUGGGAGACAAGGGAAGGCGUUUCCCAGUUAAGGUGUCCGAGAAGAAGCUGAAAAAGUGAAAGAACUAGAGGGGAGAGGUGGACUGAAAGGAGUCGUCGAUGGCAGGUUCUUGAUGUCCUCAGCAUAGUGACUUGAAGAACUCUUUGAUCAGAUCUCUAAGCCAUGGUUGAGAAUUAUUGUUUCUAGCUGGCCUGGCAUGGAUGGCACGUGGGUUUAUGGGUAAUGUUUAAUUAAUGAUGGGGAUGGAGUUUUAUACCCAUACGGCGAGGCGCCAAUGGAG